UUUGUUUUCAAUUGGUGCGGGUUAUAAUCUUUUCAGGUUAGACCCGGGAAGUUUAUGGAAAGAAGUUAUCUCCUAUCGUCAAAUGUUUACAAACAAAUUUCAUGAAAAAUCCAUUCUUCCGCGCUUUUAAUUACAAAUCGGAAAAUACGAAAAUUGUCACACAUGUUUAUCGGAUUGGAUAAAUUUCCGUCGGCAAGAACGGCUUCUACACCUGAGCCCAAAAUGGAUCUCCAUCAGUCGGACCAUCUCUGUCCGGGCAACUUUCAUGAAUUCUGAACCACUCGGUUUUCAAAGACUGGAUGGCUUUUCCCUGGAACAUGUUCGAAAACAAGUAUUUCUCGUUCUGUUAAAAAACGUCGAGAUCCUCUCAAAUGUCGGUCUGUUACGUUUUUUUACAAUCGUUUUGCCGGUAAUUUCAUGAGAUGGGCAAGGAUCACGUUAGGUCUUUUAUUAUACUCUUGCUCAGCCUCCUCUGUUAUUACAAUAGUUUCUAUUGUGGCUUUGUCUUCGAUGACAUCAGCGCUAUCAAAGAGAAUCGAGACUUAAGACCGCACACCCCCAUCAAAAAUAUCUUUUUCAACGACUUUUGGGGCACACCGAUUCACAAGGAACAAAGCCACAAGUCAUACAGGCCAUUAUGUGUACUUACAUUCCGUUUGAACUAUUACAUCCAACAGUUGGAACCCUUCGGCUAUCAUUUGGUGAAUGUUAUAUUGCAUUCAGUUGUUUCUCUUCUAUAUUUGAGAGUCUGCUCUAUAUUUCUUCCCGAUUUGCCAAGUUUCAUCGCAGCUUUACUUUUUACUGUCCACCCGAUACACACAGAGGCAGUGACUGGGGUAGUCGGUCGAGCCGAAACAUUGUCAUCGCUCUACUUUUUGAUCGCAUUUCUCCUGUAUGUUAAAGCGACAAAAGAAAAAAAUAAAUUCGGUUGGCACCUUUUGUUUUUAUGUUUCGCAAGUGUGGCUGGGGCCAUGCUGUGCAAAGAACAAGGGAUCACAAUUACAUCAAUUUGUUCUAUAUAUGAAAUAUUCAUUGCUCAGAAGAUCCAACCGUAUGAGUUUAUAAAGUUUAUGAAAUGGAUAUUCUGUGGGAAGCCUAUUAUCAAAAGUUGGUCGCCACAGGCUACGAAAAGAAUCAUUUUUCUUAUUGCAAUUUCAGUGGCGUUACUUAUUAUUAGAAUAAUGGUUAUGGGCGCAAGGCUCCCAGUUUUCACAAGGUUUGAUAAUCCAGCAUCAGCGUCUCCAUCUCCAACUCGGCAAUUGUCAUACCAUUACCUUAUAUCGUUAAAUACGUGGUUACUUUUGUUUCCUUGUGAUUUAUGUUGUGACUGGACGAUGGGCACUAUUCCACUUGUUUCUUCGUUCACAGACUUAAGAAAUAUAUCAACUUUAUUAAUGUAUUUAACAUUAGGUGCGUUAAUUCAUAGUGCUGUUACAACUAGAAAUAGGCAAAAAGGGACUGUGAUUAUUAUGGGAUUGGCAUUUAUGGUUUUUCCCUUUCUGCCUGCUUCAAAUAUUCUUUUCCCAGUUGGGUUUGUUGUUGCGGAAAGGGUACUUUACAUGCCGUCUAUGGGAUUUUGCAUGUUGGUGUCAUAUGGAUGGUUCCUCGUCUACACAAAUAAGUUUAAGAAGUUGUCUUGGAUCGGCUUGAUUGUCUUGAUCUUGUGCCACAGUUGUAAAACGUACAGGAGAAAUUGGGAUUGGGAAACAGAAUACUCGUUAUUCAUGGCAGGAUUGCGCGUAAAUCAGAAAAAUGCAAAAUUAUUCAAUAAUGUCGGACAUGCGCUUGAAUCUCAGGGGCGUUUCUAUGAAGCACUUCAGUUUUUCAAUAAAGCCGUCAGCGUUCAGCAAGAUGAUAUCGGUGCUCACAUAAAUGUUGGGCGAACUUAUAAUCAUUUAAAUAUGUUCAAAGAAGCUGAAGAGGCCUACUUAAAGGCAAAAUCUUUAUUACCAAAAGCCAAACCUGGCCAAAGUUAUCAGGCUCGUAUAGCACCAAAUCACCUAAAUGUAUUUUUAAAUCUAGCCAAUUUAAUUGCCAAAAAUGAAACUAGAUUGGAAGAAGCGGAUUUACUGUACAGGCAGGCUAUAAGUAUGCGAGCCGAUUAUACUCAAGCGUAUAUCAAUCGAGGAGAUGUACUAUUAAAACUCAAUCGUACCAAAGAGGCACAAGAAGUAUAUGAAAGAGCUUUAUUUUAUGAUAGUAACAACCCUGAUAUUUAUUACAAUCUUGGAGUUGUUUUCCUUGAACAAGGAAAAGCUUCGCAAGCCCUCGCUUAUUUGGAUAAAGCCUUAGAAUAUGAUCCUGAGCAUGAGCAAGCUCUGCUCAACUCUGCUAUUCUUCUACAAGAGUUAGGAAGGGCCGAACUAAGGAAAUUGGCCAGAGAAAGGCUACUAAAAUUGCUACAAAAGGACACAAAUAAUGAAAGGGUUCACUUCAAUCUUGGAAUGCUGGCUAUGGAUGACAGAGAUUUGGCUGGAGCAGAGAAUUGGUUUAGAAGAGCUAUACAAAUAAAGCCAGAUUUCCGUUCAGCUUUAUUUAAUCUAGCGCUCUUGCUAGCGGAUGAUCACAGGCCACUAGAAGCGGCGCCUUUCCUCAAUCAAUUAGUCCGAUUCCAUCCAGAUCAUGUCAAAGGGCUAAUAUUAUUAGGAGAUAUUUAUAUUAACAACAUUAAAGAUCUUGAUGCUGCAGAAAAUUGCUAUAAACGGAUUUUAGAACUGGAACCGAAUAAUAUCCAGGGAGUACAUAAUUUGUGCGUUGUCUAUGUUGAAAGAGGAUCGCUCGAACGAGCUGAAACGUGCCUAAAGAGGGCACACAAGCUCGCUCCAAAUGAAGAUUACGUCUUAAGACAUUUGUCUAUUGUACAGUCACGAAUUGCGAUGGCUAAAAAAAACGACGAGUCCACGGAACCACCCAAGCCAGUGGAGGAGAAUUAUAACAAUUAGAUGAUUAAAUUUGAGAUUUAAUCCUCAAUUGGUAAACGAUACUUAGAUAAGAAAGACAACAUAUAAAAAUAUAGUUGUUAUUUUUCCGAAGAGACAGUUAAUUUUUAUUUAUUUUUUUAUUUUUCGGGGUGAUAAAUGGCUGAUUGUGAUUGAAGAGAAAUACUGCAAAGUAAUUUUUUUCUCUGUAAAUUCAAGAUUAUCUAAAUAAUUAAAUGUACAUUAUUUGCGCCGUGAAAAUUUGAAAUUUUAUUUACCCAGUUAAAAAUUUAAAAAAAGAGCUCUUUAUGAUUGAUCACUAAUAAAGUUAAUUCUGACAAAGGUAACACAGUUACACCUAAGACAAAUUAAUAACAGAGUUUUCUUAAGGCUUAGAAAAUGAAAAGCAUCUAGUGAGCUAUUUUUGUACCUGUCGGUGUAUUAUUAAUAUAAAAAUUCAUGUUGUAAAAUAAGUCCAUAGUAUUUUUUCAUGGUAAGUUUUAAUGAAAAUUUCAGGUACUUGAAAACAAAUCAUUAACCAUUGUAUUCCACUAUCUGUAAUUCCAUCCUCCCAGAACAUCUUGCUGUGAUUUCAGCAUUCCUCAAGUAAAUUGUUUUCAUGAUUAAUAGAGAUCAUGAGA